UUUGAUUUGUGCUGACGUCAUAACGCUGCGCCAGUGAGAGGUGUGUGGAAUUGAACCCAUCAGUGUUUAAGGUGUUUAAAUCGAUGAUUUCCCACAGAAUAUUGCAGAUUAGGGUGCAGUGUUGAAUGUAAUGUUGUAUGUGCAUGUCGCAACAUGAAUGAUACAUGCUGCAGAAAGACUUGCUUUGUGUUUAUUUAUAUUCCCAGUUCAUUAUUCUCAUCAUCUUCAACAUGAGAUCUGCGAGACACAUGAUGUUAUAAACAUGGAGUUUAUUAAAGAAGAAAGUGAAGAAAUAAGAAUUCCAGACCCAUGCAGAGUCAAAGAUGAAGAUACGGAGAUGAAAAUAGACUUGAUGCUGCUGAAAGAAGAAAGCCAAGAAUUGAAUAAAGUGGAGAAACAUCAUGAUUCCACCAGUGGAGAAAAACCCUUUAGUUGCACAGAGACAGAAAAGAACUGUUCAGAAACUCAGAAAACAAGAUCUAGAAGUGCAUUCACCUGUCAUCAAUGUGGGAAGAGUUUCUCGCGGGAAAAACACUUUCGUAGCCACAAGAGAACUCAUACAGGAGAGAUCCCUUUCAGCUGCCAGCAGUGCGGAAGAAGCUUCCAGAGUGAAGGACACCUUCGUAUCCACACGAGAACUCACACCGGAGAGCGACCGUUCCUCUGCCCUCAGUGUGGAAAGAGUUUCUCACACAAGGGGAACCUCAAGUGUCACAUACGACUCCACACUGGAGAGACGCCGUACACGUGUGGUCAGUGUGGAAAGAGCUUCGCUCAGCAAAGACAGCUCAAGAGUCAUUUGCAGCUUUACUGUGGAGACGUUCUGCAGUGUUCGGAGUGUGGAAAGACGUUUGCAGACAAGAUCAACUUCUUCAACCAUCUGCGCAUUCACCCCGGAGAACGGCUGUUUAACUGCGACCGCUGUAGUAAAAGGUUUCUUUCGCUGUCUCACUUAGAGAUACACAUGAAAAGUCACACUGACGAGAAAACGCAUUUGUGUUCUUUGAGCGGAAAGGGUUUUAAAUGGCUCGGCAGUCUGAAAUCACACCAGAAGACGCAUGCUGGUGUUAAUGCGUGUGUCAGAGCGAGCCACUUGAGACAUCAGCAACAACAAGUCCAUACUGGAGAAAACACAGAUGAGGAAUCACAGAGCACCGAGACUUCCUCAGAAACACAAGAAGGAGUGUCUGCUGGAGAGGAGCUGUACGGAUGCUCUUCAUGUGGGAGGAAUUUCAGCACAUCAAUUUUUCUAUUGGCUCAUAAAAAAAGGCACUGUCAGAAGUAGCCAAAAUAACAACUAGUUUCCAAAUUAACAGUAAUUUGAUGUAAAUUCUGCAUAGAAAGCUUGAAAGAGGUCACAAUAUUAGUUCAGAAAACCGUAUGGCUUUGCAAUAACAAUGUUUGAAGGGAUGUUUUUUAUUCAUGUUGGAUUGUGGACUAGCAUUAAUAUGAAAUUAAUUAUAGGCAAGGUUAAUUACGUUGCACAUCUUAUACUCAUUAGUAACAGACAUUCAAAACAAUGUAAAAACACUAAAAAG